AUGGCAAGGUAUGGUUACAAUGUGAUGUCUAAAGUUGCGGAUGUGAUUGAGAAUGGCAAUUGGAAUUGGCCGGAGGACUGGAGGAAUGUAUACCCGGUGCUUUUCCAACUUCCUUCAAUGAAUCUAUCCAAUACUCCGGACCAGAUAUUGUGGCAGAAUUCAGAAGGCAAAAUUGUGCCGUUUGCUUCAAAGGAUGUAUGGAACACAAUCAGGAUCCGUGAUCAACAAAAGGAUUGGUCAAAAUUUGUGUGGUCAGCGUUUAACAUUCCUAAGCAUGCUUUCUUAUGCUGGCUUAUUCUUAAGAGAAAACUGUGGACGCAGGAUCGUAUUUUGCAGUGGAACCGUAAGGUUCAUGGUUCAAUGAAUCAGAUGUGUUGUUUGUUAUGCUAUGCAGAUCUUGAAACGCAUGAUCACCUAUUCUUUCAAUGCUCUUACUCGGAAAAAGUGUGGAGAAUUGUCAGAAGUAAAGUGGGAAUGACCAUGGUUAAUGAGAAAUGGGAUGAUAUUGUUGAAUGGUUGAUACCGAGAGCUAAAUCCAGGGCUAUCCGGAUGGUAGCGAGCAGGCUUAUUGUUGCGGCUGCGGCAUAUGCCAUAUGGAGUGAAAGAAAUGCUAGAUUUUUUUUUUUUUUGGGUAAAGGGUUACCCCGGUGA